AUGCCUGAAAAUGUACCAUUCAACAACGAUGUGUCCAUUUUAAGUACAUCCUACAUGCCUGCUGCCUUCCGCAACGAGCACUACACGCUCUACAAGCCUACCGCAGAUAUUCCCCGCUUUUUAGAAAGGGACCUCUCUGUCGAAGAUCUCAAUAAGAUUCACAAGUAUUUAUGGUUGGCUGGGCGACCUAUGCCGCCCAGACCCCUAAAUUAUCAGGCCGCAACAUCACGAGACAUCGUCCCAGAUGAGAGAAUUAGCAUGCAUCUGGUCUGGGAGCAUUCGCGACGCAUCCAUCUGAAGCCGAUCCCGCGAUACCUUCUGAAUUAUCAAUUCUGGGUUUCCCACCUGAUCUGCGCAAAAACUGAUUUUGUGAUUGCUCAAGACCAUCACCUACUACCAAAAAAUGUUGGAUGGGAGGACUGGGUUAUGUUGGUCCAGCAACUCUUGGAAAAUGGAGCUGCUGACCCCAAAAAUAUUAAUGCACGAUAUUUAUUCGGCGAGCUUAGGCUUUCACGACUCAACAAAAUAUACGCUUUUCGGUACGGCAAUGUGUUACGAGGUUACCAAUUCCCCUAUCAGACGUACGGCGAGUUGUUCCUUGCCUAUCUCGCACCUCUUACCGCGACGACUAUCUAUGUCGCGUUGGUGUUGACGGCGAUGCAGGUUGGACUGGCUACCACGCGACUGAGUGACAGCGUGCCAUUCCAGAGAGCUUCGUAUGGAUUCACUGUAUUUUCCAUUCUUGGGCCGCUGAUUACGAUUCUGUUGGUUGGCUUUAUUGGGCUCUUGCAAUUUGCCAAUAAUCUUGUGGUGACGUGGAGAUUCAAGAAGCAACGAUUUGCGCGCUAUGAACUGCUGAGGUCACAAAGCCCCUGA